CUCUCUCUCUCUCUCUCUCUCUCUCUUCCCGCCCCUCUUUCCUGCUUAUAUGAUCAUGACCAAUUUGAAUGUUCUAUUUUAUGCUCUCAUGGGCUAUGGGUUUAAGGGCAGUUGAAUAAAGUCAUGGCUACAGACACGAGUGUUAAAGACAAUACCCCGAUUGUCAUCACCCUCUUCUUCCUAUGGAUCAUACUCGUUCUGGUUCUGUUGUACUUUUAUAAAAAACUUAACGCGGACACAAAUGGACAGUACACCGUCCAGCGCAUGCUCUUUGCCCCCGGCGGCCUACGGGAUCGACUGAGACAAGGAGUCGGGGUUGUGGAGAACAGACUGGGUGUCCACAUUUGGCCUCAACAGCGUGACGACGAGGAGAACAUAGGAGGUCACGACGAAGAGGACGAGGAGGGUGAAGAAGAGGACAAACAGAAUGACAGUUACACAGAGGAGGGGGAGCAACAAGAACAAGAUGACGACAGGAAUGAUUCUUCAGAUGACUAUUCCAGCGUUGACCUGAGGGAGAGGGCGAAGAUGCAGGCGGAAAAGAAAGAGGAGAAGGAGGAAAGGAAGGAGACGGAGGCGGCGGGAGAGGAGGAUAAAUGUCAGGAGGUGAAGGAUACAGAGAAAGUGGAGCUGCUCGUAGAUCUGAAGCCGUUUACAGGUAGUGCAAUUUGGUCUGAGGAGAACAAAGAUGGGAAUGACUUGACUGCUUUGUGAAAAGCACAGAGAUCUUGCUUUUGAAUUGAAAAGGCGGGAAAUAAGACGGCUCGGCACAAAACAUUUUUCAUAACUAUGAGUCGGUUCAACCCUGCAAAUGUAAAAGGUUUUUUUUAUUUUAACAAUUAAAAAAAAAAGUUUUCAUAUGUGUUUUUAUGACGGAUAAAAAGUUUGAAGUAUGGUGUGUAAAGUAAAUCAAUGAGAUGUUUAUAAUGGUAUAUAAGACCUAUACUUAGAUAAAAUGCAUUUUAAUGUCAGCUGUCACUCUUAGUAUGAUGGUGUUUAAAUGCUUAGUUUUAUGAUCCAAUCUGUGUAGUUUUGUGUUUUGUAAUGCAAUAUGGUGAUGACUGAAUGAUGAUGAUUGUACGAAUAAACAUUCCUCGAAAGAUGGUUAUUAUAUUGUAUAAUUUUUGAUAUUCACAUUUUAACAAAAAAGACAUGUGUAUCAACCUAUUUAUAUAAAGGACUAUUUGCUAAAGAAACUACAUUAUCAGUCAAAUGGGAGAAGGCAUAUAGCCUAGUAGAUUGUGUGCAACAGGUUCUUAAGCUUCAUUUUGAUCAUUUAGAGGAAAUUUGCUUUUUAAAAAUACGAAACAGCAAGUUUUAUUGGACUAACCUUAAAAGCCAGUAAAACGGUUCCACACCAUUUUCUGUAAUCUGUUAAGUUGUAUCCACUUCCUGUUGCUGUUGUUGUUGUUGUUGUUUUUUUCCUGCAAAUGGUGACCGCGUGAAAAUACAUUGUGAAACUCGUUAACAUUUACGUGAGGUGUACAUAUUUUUACCAUUAAAACAUUUUCGUGUCAA